CGUUAGCUGUAAAAGGUUCCAAAGGCUAACUGGCUCGGCCAACCUUUUAUAUAUUCCCCGUCCUCCAUGCUUCACAUCCCAACGCUUCCUCUAUUCCCCUCUCCAUCUCUUUCCUUCAUACCAGUAGAUGGGAAACAUCAGGGUGGCCUUGUUCCUGCUGACCUUAAGCAUAUGCCUAUUCCCUCAGUUGAGCUCAGCCCAACUCCGGCGGAAUUACUACGCCAACAUCUGCCCCAAUGUCGAGAGCAUUGUGAGGAAUGCUGUGACCAAGAAAUUCCAACAGACUUUCGUCACCGUGCCCGCCACCCUUCGCCUCUUCUUCCAUGACUGCUUCGUUCAGGGCUGUGAUGCUUCAGUGAUAAUUGCAUCCACCGCGAACAACACAGCCGAGAAGGACCACCCGGAUAACCUAUCCCUGGCUGGAGAUGGAUUCGAUACUGUUAUCAAGGCUAAGGAAGCCGUGGACGCCGUUCCCCAGUGCAGGAAUAAGGUGUCCUGUGCCGAUAUCCUUGCAAUGGCCACCCGGGAUGUCGUAGCACUGGCCGGCGGGCCAUCGUAUGCAGUUGAAUUGGGGAGACUGGAUGGGCUGAGCUCCACGGCGAAGAGCGUAAACGGGAAGCUGCCACAACCGACCUUUGAUUUAAACCAGCUCAGUGCCAUUUUUGCAGCGAAUGGGCUCUCUCAGGCCGAUAUGAUAGCUCUCUCAGCUGCUCACACUGUUGGGUUCUCCCACUGCAGCAGGUUUGCGAACCGCAUCUACGACUUCAGCUCCCAGAACCCAGUGGACCCCACCCUAAACCAAACCUAUGCGGCCCAGCUACAGGCCAUGUGCCCUAAGAACGUGGACCCCACCAUAGCCGUCAACAUGGACCCCAUCACCCCCCGGACUUUUGACAACCAGUACUACAAGAACCUUCAGCACGGGAUGGGCCUCUUCACCUCGGACCAGGCCCUCUUCACCGACUCCCGGUCCAGGCCCACCGUCAACUCCUGGGCCCAGAGCUCCUCCGCCUUUGAGAAGGCCUUCAUCGCUGCCAUCAUCAAGCUCGGCCGGACCGGAGUCAAGACCGGGUCCAAUGGCAACAUUCGCCACGAUUGUGCCACCUUCAACUAGCUUAAUUACUGAGCGUCGUUUUUAUUAUUGAAAGCUACGGUGGAGUGUUGUUGCUAAGAAUGCAAGCGAUAAGUGAGAUAUCGCAUGCAAAAGAAAUGUGAUUCUUCUCAAGCGUGGUAACAUCAUCAUUUAGCUAUAGAGUUGCUCCUUUUCAUCUUUCAUUUGUUAGUGAUAUUUCGGUGGAGAGUGCAA